AUGGGGCUCCAAACGCCAUUCGACAAGGCGACGCACACGAUCAACUGGGUGCCGAUCGGGGAUAUCAUGCUCAAAACAGAGCCGGUCUACGACCGCCACGAGCCGAUCAGCAUCAAAAAGGCCGUCCACUUUGCCGCGUGUCCGUUUGGAGGGCCGAUUGCAAUCGCUGAAUGCCGACCGGAUUCCUCGUGGGAUGUGAUGAUUCGGACGGCUGCCGCCAGGCCGUUGCUGCAGGAACCGAUUCGGAGAGGAGACGUUGCGGGUAUUGGAUGGUCUCGUGCUCACCGGUUACUCAUUCUCGAUAAUAAAAGCUGCGUGAAUCGUUUCAAACCGAAUGGUCGAUCGGAUGGCUCUUUUUACUUUUCUACGGAUAUCACUGACAUCAAGGAUUAUUGCAUAUUCAAUUAUGGUGCUCGAGACACGGGGAUGGCCAUUCUCGACGGCCAGAAUCGCAUUUUUGUCGUGAAUUCGGUGAAGGAGGCCAUUCCCUGGUUGAUGCAAUCUCCUAUGAGCGAUCGUCCAUCGGCAUGGUGUGCUCUCCAUUCUUCAUCUCUCAGUUCCGUCAUCUGCGUCUAUGGCAACAAAUUUCUGAUGGGACAACAGGGAGAGACGAUGAGGGUUAUUCCGACUUCUUGGGCCGAAAAAGACGGCGACUACUGUAGGAUGAGCUCGGAUUGGAAUGUAUCCAGAGUCGCGCUAUAUCACUCGAAAAGGCUGAUUCAGAUCGUCUCGGCCGAUUUAUCCAAAAUUUUUCAAUCGAUCACCGUCCCCGGCGAGCACGCGAUCUUCCAAUUGGGAUGGGUGGGAGAAUCGGCCGUUUUUCUCCAGAGAACUCAAUCCAUUAUCCAAUUCUUUUCGGUGGACGAUGCGCAAGCGGUUUAUGAACACACAGGCGACCACGUGCAAGUAACGAGCGAACCAGAUGGCGUUCGAAUGUAUGCGAAUACUGGAUCGACAUUUGCCAGCCCUGUUUCAGGCGACGAAAAAGGGGUCCUUGGAAUGGGAUACAGCUCCCAGGGCGCAUUUCUAUUCGAGGCCUAUAUUCGAGCAUGCCAGAAUAGAGCCCUGAAUGCUUUCGAGAAUCUCACUGCGGGUGUUACGGAUAUGCCAAAAGCAAUCGCUCAGUGCAUGGGAGCCGCCUGUUCUGUCUCGGAUCCAUCCCUCCAGAAGCAGCUAUUAAUGGCGAUCCGUUUCGGCAUCCCAUUUUGCUCAAACUUUGACUCAUCCCAAUUGGUUCGUGCUCUCGGCCAAUUCAGAAUUAUCAAUGAGGUCCGAAUGGUGAGGACCGGGAUCCCCCUCACAUACCUACAAUUGGAGGAAUUAUCGGUGAAAUCGCUGGUAAAUCGGCUCGUGGAAAUCGGGGCUUUUGGAGUGGCCUCCAGAGUAUCGAUGGGUUGUGAUGAGACGAAAAAUGAUGGGAAUGACGUGGUGCUACUCGAAUGGGUCAAAGCCAAUUUCGACAAACUGGCCAAUCGAGAAUUCCCGCAGGUUUCUUUUGCCGAUGCUGCACGUCGAGCCGCUGAGGCUGGACUUCCCCAAUUAGCUCGAUUGUUGAUAAAAAGGGAGACGGACGAGGAGAAACAGGUCUCUGUCCUCCUCUCCCUGCAAGAUGUGAGUGAUGCCCUCGGUCUGGCAGCCAAGGCCCAAAAGCCCGAAUUGAUGCAUCAAGUCAUUCGGCAUCUCAUCAAACAGAAGAAUAGGACCACGUAUGAGCUGGAGAUUCAGAAGAUUCCACAGGCGCGCUGCCUCUAUGCGGAAUACGUUACGCAACGUAGCGGCGGAGCCCUUGGAAAUGGCGGUGCAAGAAUGUUGGCACUAUUGGAGCAGAAUUCCGAUUAUGACAGGAAAUUGUUGUUCCAUUUGGAUGCAACUGAACAGGCUGAUCCGAUUAUUCAGUCCGAAGAACACCGCCAGCACCUCGAAUCGGCCAAAGAAAUAGCCGGCCAUAUGAAAGAUGCAAAUAUCGUGGAGGUCGUCACGAUGGCAUGCAAUCAAUUGACAGCUGAUUGGAAUGUGUCGACUGUUAGACAACAGAUCAUUGCCAACGCCUCGAAGCCGGGUAUCGUCCAGAAAACGAAGCAGCAGUACAAAUUAUCCGAUAAACAGGUCACUCUGUGGGUAAUCGAGGGCUUGGCCGCCGACAAGAAAUGGGAACAGCUCUUCGAUAUGGCCAGCAAAAAAUCACCUUAUGGAUUGGCGCCCUUCAUCGAAGCCACAAUCCGACACGGCAACAAACAGCAUGCUGAGCGUUUCUUGUCUCGACUGAAUGAUUAUAAAGUGACCGAGAGGGUGGCCGCGCAUAUUGCUUAUGGAAAUUUCGCGACUGCCGCCAAGCUUGCAUACGAUGCAAAGGACUAUGAUUUGAUGCAACGGGUCCUCAGGAAAUCGCAUACGGAUAAGGAACAAGAAAAGACUGUUCUAAAGCUGCGAAAUGCUAUG